GGACCAGGGUGUGUAUGAAGAACCCAAGGGAUUCAGUUUGGAGCAGAAAGUGUUUCUGUCAGAAUAUAAGCAGAAAUCAACCUGGGAGGAAGACAGGGAAGGGCUUAGAUUCAUGUUAUAAAAAAAUCUGGUUGCCACGUGGGAGAUAGACUGGGGAGGAAGUUAGGAGGCUGCUGCAAAUAGUCCAGGAGAGCGCGCAGGUCUGAGGCGGCAGGGGCGGCGCUGUGGAGCCUGCUGGGUCUUCAAGUUUCCUGCAGCACCUGCCUGUUCCCUCCAUCCUGGGCAGUAGACUUCCCUCCCUCUGAGCACAGCCCUUCCUGCCCCAGGGAGGGAGUGCCUCUAGCCUUGAUAGGAUUGACAGGUAUUUCCUGCACUCCUUUUUUUGUGAAAUAUGACCCUGCCCCCAACACCAGGACUGAAUGGAGGAAGGAGGAAGAACCUAGAAGGCAGGUUCUGCAUGCCUGUGCCGCUUCCUCCUGAGCCCUGUACUGUCCCAGGGAAGGUGGCAUGAAUGCCCCUUUCAUUGUCCCCUCCUCUACUCACCUGAUGACACCUGCACCGGGACUGCCCGUCCACAUUGCCUCCUUGUCGCUGGAAGGGUGGUAGGAUUUGUUGGCCUUGCCUAUCUGUGGAGGCAGAACUGGUGAAUGUAGCUACUUCAGGUGGCCAGAAUGGAGCUGUGGCCCGGGGCGUGGACGGUGCUGCUGCUGCUCUGCCUGCUGCUGCUCAUCUUGCUGCCCACCCUGUGGUUCUGCAGUCCCAGUGCCAAGUACUUCUUUAAGAUGGCCUUCUACAACGGCUGGAUCCUCUUCCUGGCUGUGCUCGCCAUCCCUGUGUGUGCCGUGCGGGGCCGCAACGUCGAGAACAUGAAGAUCUUGCGUCUAAUGCUGCUCCACAUCAAAUACCUGUAUGGGAUCCGAGUGGAGGUGCGAGGGGCUCACCACUUCCCUCCCUCUCAGCCCUACGUUGUCGUCUCUAACCACCAGAGCUCCCUCGACUUGCUUGGGAUGAUGGAGGUGCUGCCAGGCCGCUGUGUGCCCAUUGCCAAGCGUGAGCUCCUAUGGGCUGGCUCUGCGGGGCUGGCCUGCUGGCUGGCAGGAGUCAUCUUCAUUGACCGGAAGCGCACAGGGGAUGCCAUCAGUGUCAUGUCUGAGGUCGCCCAGACCCUGCUCACCCAGGACGUGAGGGUCUGGGUUUUUCCAGAGGGAACAAGAAACCACAACGGGUCCAUGCUGCCCUUUAAACGUGGCGCCUUCCACCUUGCAGUGCAGGCCCAGGUUCCCAUUGUCCCAAUAGUCAUGUCCUCCUAUCGAGACUUCUACUGCAAGAAGGAGCGCCGCUUCACAUCAGGGCGAUGUCAAGUGCGGGUGCUGCCCCCAGUGCCCACAGAAGGGCUGACACCAGAUGACGUCCCAGCGCUGGCUGACAGAGUCCGGCACUCCAUGCUCACCGUUUUCCGGGAAAUCUCCACUGACGGCCGGGGUGGGGGUGACUAUGUGAAGAAGCCUGGGGGAGCAGGCGAGGCCCGGCUCUGAGCUCCCCUCCCAUCAUCCCACCUUCCUCUCCACACCUGCCAACCCAGUGGGCCCUGAAGCAGGGCCAGGCUGUCUUUCUUCACCCUCCCCUCCACGUAGUCUCCUCUUUGGAAUCGUCAACUUCUGAAUGUGAAUCCAGCACCACUCCUUGCUCCUCCCCUGCCCUCACUCUAGCCCUCACCUCCUGCCACCUUGUCUGUGGGACAGUCACCUUUCCCUCAAGUGGCUCAGCUCACACAGGGGUGUGGAACAUUGCAGUCCAACCUCAGUGGACUCUCCUUUGUGCUCCUCUCCCUCUGCAUUGACCGUGGACUCCUCCGUUCUGUGGAACAAGCCACCCCCCACCACAGGGAUGGAUUUGGUGGACUCUUCCCCUUGGGAGGAGGAGCCCACAGAUUGUGGCUGGAAGCUGAGGCCUGGGGAGUCCCUCAGCCCCCUCCCAGUGCAGCCUCUGCCAGACGGGGCUGGACUCUUUCAACUGGGGGCUCAGCCCUGUCCGGGCCCACAUACCCAGGGUUGACACCCUUCCAAAUGCCAGUAUGAUCUCCACGUUUCUGCCUCUCCCCCACCCCACCCCCACGGUACAGUUCUUCAGGGGGCUUGGCCUCAACAUGAGCAGGAGGCAGCCGUCAGGUGCUGCACGCACUUUCUGCUCCUGGGGAGUCGGGGAAAGGAACCAAACCCGGGAUGGAGGGGUAGGAAGGCUUUAAUUUAUUUUCUUUCUUUUGAGUUUCCCCCUCUUGGCGCCAGUUUUCAUUUCCUCCCAGUGGCAUUAGGCUCUCCCUGCCGCCCACUCCAGGCCUGUUCCCACAAUUGGGGGAUGUGGGCUGGGAGCAAAAGGAGAGGUUGGGACCCAGUUUUUUGUGGUUGGUUUUUAUUCAUAAUCUGGAUAACAGCAAGAAAAUGAAAAUAAAGAGAGAGAGAGAGA